UAUAUGGCUAGCGGGAAUAAGCAGACGAUUUCUGCAGUUUGUACGGCUCGGUCGAAUAGCAACUGCCUGGGUUUCAUUGUUAUGAGUGUGGUGUCAUUGUUACGAUCCCUAUAGGUGGUAUCCAGUGUCGUGUAGACUUCAAGAUUAAACGUAAUAUCAGUUCGGAAAUAUAUAACUUUAUUGUACGAGUUUACAGCUUCAAACUUGGAGAGCAUAAGAAACCAUUUACUUUCCCCGUUUUUAUCUGUCAUCUAAAUUUGAACACAAAGGAUGCAAGCAAAGUGCGAAGAGCAUUCACGGUGCGGAUAAGGGCCUCAGCUCCGUUGUAUGGACGUCUGACUGCCUGCACAGCGCAGAGUGGUGUAGGCAGCGAUUGGCACACACGAGAAACCAGUGGGAAGAUUUCUGUUUUUGAUAAGCCGUCUUUUCUUACAUCGCUGAAAUGUCGCGACAGCAACCUGAACGGAAUAUUCCGCAUCUUCGUGAUAUCUUUCCGCUCCACGGCAACUGGAACAGCAACAAUCAUACUCCUCGCAAUCAUGAAGAUAUCACACAACAGACACUAACGAAAUUUCAUGAUAUGAAACUGUCAAAUGAUGGUGGGAAAGAUAAACUACCAGGGUCUUCGUCUGCUGGAAACGAUAGUGCUAUAUCAGUUGGUUCAACGAGCGAAGAUGAAAUCCCCAGAGUCCAGACUUCAAAUAACAACAAAAAGAAAAAACAACGUUCUAGACGUGAUAACUCGAGAACUCUGACAGAGAAGGAUGUAAAACACUUAGAAAGACACCUCUCAAUGAAGAAAACUAUUCGAAAGAAGAUAAUGAGGGAUUUACAGCAAGCUUUUGUGGAAGAUCCUAAUGAAUUUAGAGUUGAAGACAUUUCUCCAGAACAAUUGAAAGCAGAAAUAAAUAUACAAAGUCUGAGCUUUGGAACUCCCUCCCAGAAGACUGGAAAAAAAGCUUCCGCUGAAUCGAAUUUUCUGGAUAUGCUACGAGGCGGCAGUAGUAACAACACUAACAGCACUCCAAGCGGUAGGUUUAUCAACGAUGACGAAGAUUCAGGGCAUGGUUCGCCAACGCGAGGAUCAUCUAGUGGCAGAAUUGCGGAUUACGACGACGAUGACGAAAUGUAUGAGGCGGAUUCUGCAGCCAAUAAGAAGACGAGCUUCUGGCGCCGUUUUACAAUGAAAGGACGAAAUAAGCGAUGAGGUCAUCUUUCAAGUAAAUGACACCACCAUGUGAUAGUGCAUUAAUGAGCUUAUAUAAAAGUCUAGAAACUGUGAUACCGAAAAUGUAACCUUGCAGCAUUUUAGCAUAUUGGGUUAUAGAAUAACAGAUAAAAAAUGUAGCUAGUCAGUAACACUAUAUGCCAUUUCGGCGAGGUGGUAUUUGAUCACUAUUUGAUGUAAUGACGUGAAAUAAACUCGCUGGAAGUGACGUAUAAUGGCAGCAUUCAAAUUUACAUAAAUCACAGCACCUAUAAUCAUGUUGUGUAAUAAUAUUUUUUAAUGUAAACAUGCGAAUGACAUGAAGACAUGAGAAUUUUUAUAGAUCUAUUGAUAGUGUGGAAACACAUUCAGUCAGCUCAUGUGCCUUUUAAAUAUUUUUAAUCUUACCACAUUCUAGCUUUCAUAUAAGGAAAUAUGAUUAGUUAGAUACGGAAAGAUAAAAAGAUUUUCCUGUGAUAGAGCCUACAUUUUUAUGCAGACAUUUUAAUUCUAAUUCUAUGGCCUUACAAAAUAUUUCAAGUAUGUUUUUCAUUUAAAUUUUCUAGGAUUCCAGUUCAUGUUACUGAGUGUAUGUAUAAUAUAUUGGUUCAUUAAAAAGAAAAGAUACAACCUUUAAUUUUAGAAUGUUAAAUUGUAAGAGAAAGAAAAUAAUAAUAUAAAAUUGCCAUUAUAACAACAUAGCAACAAUUUCAAUAUGUAGUUUUACUACAGAAUUCUGCGUUUUUUUUUAAUAAAUACACAGUAUAUCUGAGCAUAUAGAUGAAUGUUGCUUCAGAGUUGAAUCUAGCAUUGUCUGACACAUUCAUUGAGGUAGUUGUGUUAAAUUAAUAUGUUUUUACAUCUUAUAAAGGUAAAAAUAACUUAUUUCAAAUUAUCAAGUAUUAUCAUAUUCUAGAAUUCAAAAAUAUAAAAAGCAAUGAUAUGGUUUCUAGUCCUUCUGCACAUCCAGUUAAACUAAUAUUGACAAUACUAAAAGAGUAUCUGCCUUAUCUAGUUAUUGAAGUCAGAUAUAUAUAGUGAAAAAUUAGAAAAAGUCAUAGUGGAAUGAGCAGAAAUCUCUUUGGAAAAUAGUAUGAAAUCUGAAGGUUUGAGAUCUUCUACUAGAGAAUAAUAGUCCCAAUUUUGUAUGACAAUAGCAUUUUAGAUGGCUUGAUAAGAACGUUUAAUACAUUCCUAGUAUAUUGAGCCAAUAUGUUUAGCCCAAAUCACCACCCUUGAUGGCAGUAUCACUUGUUUACUAUGUGAAAUGAAAUUAGUGUCUCUUCCUAUUUUGAAUGAUGUUUGAAUGUUUUUGUUAUUUUUGCCAUCUUAUGACUUGUUUGAAGUAGGUAGAGGUGUGAUGUUUUUAAAUGAAAGUAAAUUCAUUGGAAGAAAGUUUACAGUUAUUUCAAGUGCAAAUACAGUGCGUACAAUCAAGUGCGCGCUGCGGCUGCAAUUU